CCUGUUCGUGUUUCUUUCUUCAGGGAGAUUCACUUUUAAACCCCACUUUGUCAUCUUCUCAGCCAUUCCAUUUCUUUCCAUCACUCUCAAAGUCCAAACCUUUCUUGCCAAAGAUUCAAGCUUUACAUAGUGUCUUUCUUUACUGUCUCUCCCGUGAAGUCUUGUUCAGAAUUUGGGUGCACAAAUGUUCAUUCCCAGUUUCGGCGUGUCCGAGGAAAUUGCUAGGAACUGACCCAGAUUUUGCUGCUCAGUUGUUGGGUUUCUGAUUCUGUCUCUGAAUCUUCGAAAAAGCCUGGCAGUUCUGUCUCUGCUGUACUGCAUUGAAUGCUCCAGCAAAGGAAAUGCCUUGAGUUGGGAUGACACCGCCAUUUUUGGCAGUUUUUACCUGCACUUCUGGAGAGAGAAGGGGCUGACUCUGACCCUUCUCUCUGCUGAGGAGAGAUUGGACCACAGAAGUAUAUGCUCCGAGUUGAACAGAAAGCUUGCUUCAGUUCCGGUUUGUUUCUGUUUCUGGCAGUCAAAUCUUUUCUGACACAAGAUGGGUUUUUGCUCAAGAAGCUGAAAAGUCCAUCUUUAGAUUCAAUGGCGGCUUCAUGUCUCACUUGUGAAUGUCCUAUGAAGAUUUCUUCUAAGGAAGUAGUGUGAAGUCAGGACUUUCUGUUGGAGAGAUAUCAGAUAUGAGAACUUGAGAUUAGGGGGGCAAAAAAAGGGUCUCUUUUCUGUGCAUUUUCUUGCUUCUGGGCGUGUGAGAGUCAUUGCUGAAAGCAGAGAGAGAUAGAAAGGGAGGAAAGGGAGAAGUAAGAAGAAAAAUCAUACUUUGGUCUCUGCAAGUUAUAGUCUUUUAGUCUGUAAAAAUGGCAGAGACCAGCAACGGCCAAGAAGUUAGAUCCUUAGCCCUGACACCGACUUGGUCCGUGGCCACUGUCCUGACGGUAUUUGUGGUAGUCUCCUUGAUCGUGGAGCGCUCUAUUCAUCGGCUAAGUAACUGGUUGAGGAAAACUAAUCGGAAGCCCUUGCACGCGGCGGUGGAGAAAAUGAAAGAAGAGUUGAUGCUACUCGGGUUUAUAUCUCUCCUCCUCACAGCCACCUCGAGCAUUAUAGCCAAUAUCUGCAUACCAUCCAAGUUCUAUGAUCUUACUUUUGCUCCAUGUACGAAGUCUGAGAUUGAUGAACAGAAAGAAGAUAGCACCUCAAUGGAACGUAAGCUUUUAGUGGAGCAUGUUCUGAACCACUCGUUCAGGAGAAUGUUGAACACAGAAAAUCAAAAUACCUGCAAAGAGGGACGUGAGCCGUUUGUUUCAUAUCAAGGUCUUGAGCAAUUGCAUCGGUUCAUCUUUGUCAUGGCAGUGACUCACAUAUCUUACAGCUGUCUCACAAUGUUGCUGGCAAUAGUGAAGAUCCACAGUUGGCGGGAAUGGGAAGACGAAGCUCAUAUAGACCGACACGAUGCAUUAUCUGAAAUCACAAGAGAAUCGAUGUUGAGAAGACAAUCUACUUUCAUCAAGGUUCAUGCAACAAACCCUGUGACGACGAACAACUUCUUUAUAUGGGUGACUUGUUUUUUCCGGCAAUUUGGGUGGUCAGUGGUCCGUUCGGACUAUUUAACACUGAGGAAGGGAUUCAUCAUGAACCACAACCUUACAUACAAAUAUGAUUUUCACAGCUAUAUGAUUCGCUCUAUGGAAGAAGAGUUUCAAAGAAUAGUUGGUGUGAGUGGCCCUCUCUGGGGAUUUGUAGUUGCUUUCAUGCUAUUUAACAUAAAAGGGUCUAAUCUCUAUUUCUGGAUAGCAAUCAUUCCCAUCACCCUUGUGCUUCUAGUCGGUGCGAAACUGCAACAUAUUAUUGCGACCUUAGCAUUGGAAAAUGCUGGCAUCAUGGGAUUCAUCACUGGAGGAAAGCUGAGACCUCGCGAUGAACUAUUCUGGUUUAAGAAGCCCGAGUUGCUGUUAUCUUUGAUCCAUUUCAUCCUCUUUCAGAAUGCUUUCGAAUUGGCUUCAUUCUUCUGGUUCUGGUGGCAAUUCGGGUACAACUCGUGCUUUAUCAGGAACCAUUUCCUGGUCUACCUACGACUGAUCUUGGGGUUUUCUGGGCAAUUCCUCUGCAGCUACAGCACACUUCCUCUGUAUGCUCUCGUUACUCAGAUGGGAACAAACUACAAGGCAGCGUUGAUUCCUCAAAGGAUAAGGGAGACAAUUCACGGGUGGAAGAAAUCAGCCAGGAGGAGGAGAAGGCUUGGGAUCAUAACUGACGAUUCCACGGUCCGCACGGACACGAGCACCGUGAUGUCGCUCGAGGAGGACGAUCAUGAUCAGCAGCUGCUCGAUGGGCCUGCGGAUAAUGGCAACCUUCCAUGCCCAGAAAUCGAGCUGCAACAACAUGCUUCUCCUACGAUAGUCAUUAGCCCUCCCGUUGCUAAUGAAGCUUCAAGCAGAGUAGGGACUCCGCUUCUUCGACCCUCUGCUUCCAUCUCGUCAUCUACUCCAACGAGUUUCAACCCAGCUAGUGUUAUGAGAUGCCUUUCCAUGCCUGCAAGAAGAGAAUAAGGCAACUAGUAAAAGAAGAAGAUAACCUUGUUGGUGAGCCUGCUCUCUCGCUGAUGUUUUCCGGAGAUAUACAGGAGGAGGGUCAACAGAAUUGCAAUGUGAAUGUUCAAAAUGGUACUUUCCGAUAACUUCUAGGUAAGGUCUGAGAAGUAUAGGCUUGUUUACACUGUUAGGAUAGAAGAAUCGAGAUGUUAGUAAUGCAAACUCUUCAGAUUGUAACUCAGUAGCACAGUUAAGAUGCUUUUGUGUUGUGAUAGAGAGCUGUUCUGAGGACCGACAGCCAAUAUACCUUUGGAAGAAAAACAUGUCUUUACAUGAGACUUUAUUGGAUUUAAGAGGCA